AUGAACUCCCUUCUGCAGGAGACAGACUUGGAGAAGGAGGAGCAGGGAAUUAAGUCCGGCCCCAGCCCAGCCCUCCGUAAUGGCAGGACUGACCGAGAGCGAGUGACCAUGGAGACGCCCGAGGCCAAGCAUAACGCGCCGCCGCCGCCUGUUUACCUGGAGAAAGGCAGCGGUAGGGCAGGGGCUUCGCAGCAGCCGCCAGCAGGGCCAACCCCGCGGCCGGCCCCGGUUCUCCAGGGGACUCAACCAUCCGGCCUCGCUGUACAAUACGGAGCGCCGCCCGGAGGCGCGAGGCCCGAGGCUUGGAAGCCAGGGACCCAAGACUCCCGAGACAGAGGCUGGGGAACCCGGCGCAACUGCCCGAGUCCGACCCUCGGCCCGGCCAGCAAAGCCCGGACUCCAGGACCUAGCACGGGUGGCCCCUCGGAAACACGGGCCUGGCCCGAGCAGCCCACCCUCCGGCCCGCCGGACUGUCCAGGCACGGAGGCGCCCGCCCCGCCGCGCCCAGUGGGAGCCGGACAGCUGCCUGGGGCUGCCACCGGCCCUGCUGGUUCUCCCGCACCUCGACGGCCGUCCACGACCCGGGGCAGGCGUGCCUCACCUGCCGAGAGCGCCGCGCUCACAUCGCCCGCCCGCGGCGCCCCCUCCGCGCCGCCGGCGCCAAGCCCGUCACCGCAGCCCCGGCUGCCGCCCAACCCGCGCCCCCGCCCCCGGAAGCGCUCCCGGCCCCGCCCCCUCGGCGCCAGCGCUUCCGGGCAGGCGCGGAGGAGGUCUCCGGGAGCGGCCGCGGCUCUGUGGACCGCAGCCUUCCGCCCCAUGCCCUCUUCGGCGCCCCCUGCUGGCUGGAGGAGGGUCCUCAGCGGAGCGCGCCCGGGGACUCCCGGAACCGAUUGGCUGGGAAAGCAGUACCCUUGACCCGCUGUCAUUGGGGACCUCCGCCCACCCCGGCGCUGCCCGCUCCUUUCGACACUCUCAAGCCCGCAGCUCUUCCGGCGCCCGACCCUCACCCGAGCCACGCCGGCCGGGCAGCCGAAGGCAGUAAGGUGCAGUGGUUAUGA